AUGGUAAUGUCCAAAUCGUCUCGUGCCGAUGCCGGUGGGAUGAGGGCGAUGAAAGCCCUUGUGGUUGUGCAGUGCUUUCCACCACUGCUGAAGAAUGCAGGUGGGGUCUCCAAGCGCUACUUUACGCUGUGUCGUGCGCUCAUCGAUGGCUUGGGUUGGCAGGUCACCCUCAUGACGCCGGUGGACUGCACCAGGAGUAGCGAGAAGGACAUUCAAAGAUGGCUUGCAGAAGGCAAGCUUGUUCAUCUGCCGGCUCGUGGAGUUCGAGUCCGCUCCUCCACAGACGGCGUGGCAGUCUUUUUAGAUCUCUUCUCCUACGCCAAUGCCGCGGCGCUGCUCAGGGAAACGAUGAUCCGCGGAGGCUACGACUGCCUCUUUUUAGAUGAUGUGCCGGCCUGA